AUGCGAUCAACCCGGCCAGAAUGCAAGCACCGAAGGGUCCAGGCGGAGUGGCAGCGUGCGCCAGCCGCGCGAGCACGUCACGGUGCCGGGAAGGGUCAUGAUUCCCCCCGCCUUCGCGGCAUCUCCUUCCCUCCCUUUCAACCGUCAAAAUUGGAGCCAAGCGUAACGGUUACUGGUCUGGCCUCACAGAAGCUGCGACGCACCAUGUGGCAACUCACCGGAGGGCAGACAGGGACAGACGAAGAGCUGAGGGGGCUGUCGACCACGGACCUAAGCUCCGCCUUGGACAUGUUUUUAGACACCUGCACAAUAAAAACAGAUGGUGGCGCUUUGAGUGUUGCACGUGCGCGGGGGAGUGGCUCCCCGGUCAUGUUUCCUGAACGUGCCACCACCCAUACGGGGGAUCCAAUGAGUCGCCACGGUGAGCUCGUAGUGGGUGAGACACCGUGGUAUUAUCCACCGCUGAAGGCCGCAUUGCUGCGGCAGCAGUGCUGCUACCCGGACGACAACGUCAUCUUUUGUCGCCCCACCUUGAAGCAGUUCUCCACCCUCUCCAACUGCAGCGACGCCACCAUCUUGCAUUCGUUGCGUACGUUCGACGACGAAGAGAAUGCAGGGAAAGACGCUAACGCAGGCGCCGCCGCACAUGCAAAGAAGAAGCUGCCAACUUCUCGUGUAGAACUCAAUAAGAAGAAAAAUGGGAGCUUUCCUAAAAAUAGCCGUGGCUCUGGUAUCUCAUUAAACGCCAAUGCACACACCGCGAUAGCGCUUGAUGACGCGGAGCAGCUGCGUCGUCGUCGGAUGCGGGAACGCCGCUUUUUGAACUACAUCCAUCAGUGGUGUGACAAGGUGAUGCUUCUCUCGGGGAGUGUGAAGGCUGCCCAUGACCCCGUGGGGCAGCAUGAACAGUGCAUGAUGGUGAUCCGCAAGGAGGAAGAGGUCCUGCUGUUGGAGAUGCAGCUUGAGCGGCAUCAGGCGAUGCAAGAACGUGAGUGUUGCCGACAGAGACGUCAAAGAGAGGCACGAGAGAAUGGUAGUUUGCGUUCCACGCUGAAAGACAUCAGUCGGCCGAAUAAUUGGCGACGGCUCCUGAGUACAUGGAGCGUGGUAACGGAAGAAGCCCACGAUGGCCACGAUGAGGAGACAGAGACUGUGAAUGGGAAGGUGGAGGCGAGGCGUCUUAUCGCAUCGCCGCGACUGCUCACGAUGCGGGAAACCGACGCAGUUCCCAUGCCCGGUGGAGCACCGGCGUGCCGGAGUCACAGUCACGAUGCCUGCCGCAGCCCUUUGGAAGAUCUGCGGCGUUUGUUGGACGUCAUUGCGAGGCACUCAGUCGGCACGUUGGCGCAGGCCAUAUCGAGCCCUCUUUCCCCGACUAAGUCGUCGUCGCACACCCCGAUCCCCUCUCGCGAGGGGAUGCUCUUUCCGCCACAAGGCUCCGUCUACACGCAGAUCAACUGGGUGGAGCGCAUCAUUCAUGCAGACGACUUACCUGGAAUAAGGCAACUGACGCAGCGGUUAGGCGAAUGUGUGGGUGCGGCGAAGACGCCUGCGUGUGCAUCAUUUCCAACGUCCGAGGUGGCCUCAGCGAGUGGUGUCGGGUGUCUCGGGAAUGCCACGGCACCCUCGCACGCCCCAUUUCUGCUCCCAUUGCAGCUAGUUUAUAACGUUCACGGCGCACUAGAGCGGGUUGUUCUGGCGGAUGCUGUUUCACUCAUUCCACCACGGUGCUCUACCCGGCGACGUGGAGGCAAUCCCUCUCCCACCUGUUACGGAAAAAGCAUCCCCAGUUGUCUGUAG